AUGGUUCUAUAUAGUCUUCUCGAUGCUGUGCGGGAUUUCAUCGGCUUAGCCAGUACAGUCACCGUCGUGGUCUGGCUCGUCUGCGGCUUCCAGCCUCUGUUCGAAAAGGUAAAGGACUCGUGCCGAGCCUGUCAACCACCAGAAGGGCGUGCGCUGCUGCUAUGGUCCGCCUUUCUGAUCCCUAUAGCGUGGGUGGCUGCCGCUGCUCUCUACUUCCACCACUUGUUUUCGCUCUGGGACUUGAUGGGGACCUUCCUCGACAAACAACCGGUCAACAGACCAGUGUAUGCGUUACUGCACCUUUACCUCUUCUUCCUGCUCCUCUGUGGAUUCUACGUAUGGGUGAUUACAGAUUUCGAAAUCUUCCGGAAUCGUCAAGUGUUCAAUGAUCUUUUCAUGAUUGCGAGAUCCAACCCAAGGAGACAUCAAGCAGUUGAAGAUCUGGAGGCCCAGCACAAUUCUUCCUCCACAGAUCCGAUUGAUGCCGAGGCGGAAACCCAUUCCGCCGUCGGCAACGUGUGCACCACAAGUUUGCUUCCACAGAAUGAAGGUUCGCACAGGAGCGGUCAAGAUUCGAACGAGGACGUUGCUCCCACAGAGGCCCGUAUCAACGAACCAGAACACCUAAUUGAGGAGACUGCCUGGCUCGCGAUUGACAGUCCUGUGGGUUGCGGCUGGAACAAUAGCGAGGCCGCCGGACCCUCAAAUCAGCACAACCCCACCCUCGAUAGCGAUGGCGACGCAAUCACCAUGACUCCCUCCUCCUCUUCCUCUUCGAAUGCUUCAUCUGGAAUUGACGAGCUCGAAUACGUCGACGAUGACGAUGGUCGAUAUGGUCUCCAAGGCGUCCGGCUUCGUGAGCCUGUUGGGGACCGAAAGCAGAAGGAUACUAACGCGAAGGAUACCAGCGCGUCAUAUACCAUGGACCGGCGUAGAUACGUGGAAGACAACAACGACGACGAUCCAUUUGGUCUCUACUACGCAACACCUCGUUUGAGUCCUCAAGACCAGAAUGGCAGAACCGAUAUCGAACCCCUCGAUAUCGGUGCCCCGCCCUCGCCAUGCGAUUCCUGCUCCUCUGCCCGCGCCGAGUCGAUUCCAACCGCCAAACGGUCUCCAGUCCGGGUGCCCAUAACGCCUACCAGCCCCACUGCGGAUGCCGACGAUGCCGAUACCGAAAAGACUGAUGUUGAACGGAAACAGCGCGAACGCAAAACCCGCAACCCAGCAAUGUCCGCCCCACAAAGCCCUCAUGCACACAUAUCGAGGACGUCACCACCAUACGGCACCAACAUCAUCUCGCUCCGCAUAGACCCCUACCUCGGCGACGACGAAAAGAACACCAGCGCCCUAGAAUCACACCACACAGCUCAUGAUCCAGAACACCGAGACCGCCCCGCGGCCAGCGCACGCGCGUCUUCCAAAUCGAAACCCAACCCUUCUCCCAUGUCCGCUCCAGCCGUGCACACUCGCCCCGCCACCCCGCCUCUGGACUGGGGGAAACAGGAAACCGGACUAAUCUGGAGGUCUCGCGAAGCGGAAAACAGUGCGAGUGCCGCUUCACGGGACGAAAACGCCGACGUGGUAUCUUUCGACGGCCGGGUCGUGGCCGAGACGCGGGCCGGGGUGCGGAGAAGGGUUCAACGUCCUGUGAGGUCGCCGCAGCGAAAACGUGCCAGGUCGCCGUAUCCGAUGGCGGAGGGACGGCAAGGUCCGCGGGAUUUGUCGCUUGAGAUUCCUGAUGCGGGGAAUGAUUCUCAUGGUAGAGAGGAGGGGCGGUGA